ACGAAAUCGGUUGAGCUUUGAGCAUCGUGGUGUUAACUUAAACUUAAGAGAUUAAAAUUAUAAGAUUUUGAUUUUUCUUUCUUAUGUAUAUAUUUUGAUCUUAUCGAAGAUAAAAAAAAGAAAGCACGAUGAUUUCUAUCAAAAUCAUCAUUUUUAUUUUAUCGUUGGUCCUCUUCGGUUCUGCUAACAGUCAGCCAAUCAGACUCGCGGGGGUGGAUGAAAAGGACUUGAAUAUCGAAAUAUCCCUAUCCAAUACGGAAAAUAAAUUAUCGAAUUUACCGUGGAAACGUCUGAAACGCGUUUCCGAUCAAAGAUUGGCAGAACUCGAAACACUUUAUAGCAUUCAAAGAAUAAAUUCCCUACCGUUGACGGACCGACCUAUUUACAUCAGAAUGAAACCGAUAAACAUAGAACGACGUAAACGAAAGAACAAUGAAAAUCGAACCGAUACACGAAAGAUCGAUCGACGUAUAAACAAACCGACCUACGAUGAAAUCCUUAGAUGAUUUCUCAUUCUAUAACAAGGGGAUAUUGAAAAGAAUCGAGGAGAGACACUACGCGAGAGAACUAGAGGGAUAUAUAUUGUUUUCUAUAAAAUCGUACUAAACGAUCUAUAAUUAUCUAACAAGCGGUAUUACGUUUUGGACUUUUAUGAUAAGGAUUGACGGGACGCUUUUUUAUAUUACUUUCAUAUAAAAAAAACUGCGUUAUACUAAUUUAUUUAUUAUCUGCGAACUAAUAUUCAUCCAAUAAGCAUCUCACCCCCACACCCCCCUUACAGUAUUUAGAAUAAAAUAAUAAUGUUAAGCAAUGCAAAGAAAGAAUUUGUGUAAAAGGAUUAAAAUGUAAAAACGAAUGUAUGUGUUAUACAAAUGAAAUGUCGAUAAAAAUGAA